ACCCUCAUGAAGAUAUUAAAUUCUUGUUAGCAUUCGGAAAAUGUUUUAAACUCAAGUUUCAAAGAACAAAAUAAAAUGGAUCAGAUGCAAGCACCGGUGAGCUUGCCUCACAUAGUGCAAGUUUAUCCACCAUCAGUGUCCAUCCACCCUUCCCUGCAAUCGCAAGGAAAGCUAUCCUACCAACAGACUAUAACCUCUGAAUCCCUACACAUACCUGUUUCAUCGCACAUACAUGAAAUGCAAAACCAGCAUCUGAUAUCGCAGAAUCAAACUGUUAUGUCGUGCCAGCAGAUACAUCUACAGAAUGUACAACCAUUGCAAGCACAGAUGCAGUCACAGGUUUUACAAGGCGAUAUGAGUCAGCAAUUACAAAUCACGUCACACGUCAUCCUCCCUCCGGUGCCCAUGUUCAAGCAGCAUCUACUGACUAACACGCUACAGCAACAGUUUUACGGGCAGUAUGAGACAUUCUUGAAGGAUGCCCACUGCGUUGUUGCCAAAGUUGAGCCUGUUCAAGUUGUCAGUGAAAAGCAGAUUGAGGUCAAGCCAGAAUGUCAAGUCAAAGGAGACUCUGUAGAUGUAGCAUCCAUGAAAAAGCGUGCUCGCAACCAAAUACCGAAUCCUAGCAAAUGGGCCUGCAAUGUUCGCAAACUGAAACACCAGAGAGGAGAGGCCUAUGUGAGCAGACGGGGCAAACUGGUCCCCGAACGACGGGUCAGGAACACUAAAGACUGCCUAAAGUCCUGUAGGUAUAAAUGCAACGAAAGAAUUAAUGACGUAGAUCGACAACAUAUAUUCAAAGCUUUCUACUCCCUAAACGCAAAUGAAAAGAAACAUUUUUUACUUAAUACAACAGAAAGAAAUUAUGUUAAACAUAACAAACUAAUGGAUGGUAAUCAUAAGAGAAAGUAUUCUUUCAAGUAUUUCUUUCUAGUUAGAGCAGUGAGGUAUACGGUAUGCAAGAAUUUUUACUUAGGCACGCUAGCGAUAUCUCAGAAGCCUGUAUAUAAUGUCCAUUCAGGUAAAUCUGAAAUGAACUUACCAAAACCUGAUGGUAGAGGUUUAUCGGAAGCUAGCGCUCAUUCUUUACCCACAGAAGUUAAGGACAGGGUUAGAAAACAUAUAAUGUCUUUUCCUACAGUCGAUUCGAAACCUAUAAAGCAGUUUUCAAGAAAGAAACAGUAUUUAGAGUCAAAUCUAACAAUAAAACAGAUGUACAAUAUGUACGUAACAGAUUGUGGCAAGGAUGAUGAAGUACUUGUCAAGGAAUCAAUGUACAGAAAGAUUUUUAAGCAAGAAUUUAAUUUGCAUUUUAAAAAGGACAAGAAUAGCCAAGUGCUUUGUUGUAGGUGUAAAAGUUCUAUUAAGAAAAAGUGAUCGGCCAUUGAAUUACAGGUGUAAUUUAAUUAGUGUUGUAAUUUGGUAUAGAUAUUACAACGAAAGCCUGAUAGCCCAUGGUAGCCUAGUGGUUAACACGCCAGGCUCCUAUCAGAAAGGUUGGGGUUCAAUUCGGGCAUGGACUUUAUAACUUUUAGGGAGUUAUGUGCUUGAUGAAGAAAAACAUCAUAAGGGAAAUUAUUCUCAAAGGCGUGUGAUGUCUGUCAAUGCGCGCUGGGUCAGAGUGGCUGACUAUGGCCUAAGCCCCUCUCAUUCUAAGAGGAAACUGUCUGUGUUCAGUUGUGAGCCGGUAUGGGCAUUUGGUCAAAAAUACUUUUUUUUAAUUGCUUAUGAUUGAGGUAUUACAAUGGAUUAUGUAUUGGGUUAAUCUGAUUUGUAAAUAAAGUUUGAUUCUAGGCCUAAUAUUUUAGUUUAAAAAACUGCAUGUAAGUGUAUAGUAGUUUUUAUGAAAGUAUCAGUCUAAGGGUGCUUGUAUAAAGAACAGUAGCUUGAUUCCAUAAAACCUGCAUCAAUCAUUAUUACAAUCGCUACUGUUGUUAUUGGCUAAAAUGUUAUUCUUGUUGCAACAAUGCAUUUUAACCAAUAGUGAGUGAGCGUCAACCAAUCAGAGGUGAUUGCGACAUUGUAGCUGUCAUUCUAUCGCAAUCGAGCCGCAGGUCUCCGGUAUAAUAUACCAAUAGGUCGGUGCGGGUUGGUUGCUAUCGGUGCGGUCAGUAUAGCUCCAUAUUAUCUUAUGAGCUCUCACAGGUUAAUAGGUAUAAGAUAACACUAGUGUAAAUAAAGAAUUUAUAACACCCCCGACAAGUGAAGGUUACAGUAACUAGAAAAGAGCUGAUAACUUUCAA